AUGUCUACGCCCAACAUCAUCAUCAUUGGCGGCGGUGCUGCCGCCAUCUCCAUGGCGCACACCCUCAAAGAGAAACUUGGCUUCAGAAACUUCGAGGCAUGUCUUAUCUACGAGAAGCGAGAAGGCCUUGGAGGUACUUGGAGAGUCAAUACUUACCCAGGAUGCGGCUCCGAUGUCCCCAUACAUCUUUAUUCUUUCAGCUUCAAUCUAAAUCCUGACUGGACUCAAGCACUGGCAGACCAAGAGGAGAUUCUCAGAUAUAUGGAGAACACAGUGGACAAGUUCCAGCUACGCAGCCACUUUCGCUUCAACACCGAGUGUACCGGUGCUGAGUGGGUAGACGGGGCAUGGCACGUCCACUUUGUCAACCCAGUCACUCGAGAAAAGUUCACCAAGCGAUGCACCAUUCUCCUCUCAGCAGUUGGCGGCUUCUCGAUCCCUCGACCGGCUCGAUUUCCUGGCAUGAACAAGUACAAAGGCAGAGUAUUCCACACAGCCGAGUGGGAUCACACCUUUGACUGGACAAACAAAGCCGUGGCUGUAAUCGGGAAUGGCUGUAGCGCUGCCCAGGUGGUGCCCUCGAUCGCACCGGGGGUCAAACGGCUCGUUCAAUACGCCCGCAGCCCCCAGUGGUACCAUCCUCGACCUAACAGGGGGUUCUCUGCCUUUGACAAGUUCUGCUUCCGCUAUUUGCCAUUCUGGCAGAGGUACCACAGGCUUGAUCUCUUUCUCAAGACCGACAGUCUCGCCUCAGUGUACGGGUCCGACGAAAGGCAGAUCAAGAAGCGUCUUGCUGUUGAGGCAGAGGCAAGAAGUUACAUCCGCAGAGAAGCGCCUCGGAAAUACCAUGACUUUAUAUUUCCCGACUUCCCUCUGGGCUGCAAAAGACGAAUCUAUGAUCCCGGCUAUCUGGCGUCUCUGCAUCGUGACAAUGUUGAACUGCUCCCAGAGGGCAUACAAGAGUUCACUGAAAACGGCCUUGUCAGUGAGACGGGCAAGGCGGAAGACUUUGACGCAGUCAUUCUGGCAACCGGCUUUGACGUUCAGUCUUUUCUUGCCCCGAUGACGAUCACUGGCAAGACUGGCGAGGAGCUCCAGGAGCAAUGGUCUAGACGACGCGGUGCUCAAGCAUACAUGGGAACAUUCGUGCACAACAUGCCAAACCUUGCUAUCUUAUUUGGACCAAACACGUUUCCCGCCUUCAACUCUGUCAUCUAUGCCAUCGAAGUGCAGGUGGCUUACAUCACGUCUGUGCUUGUGAAGCCAGUUAUUGACGGAUACGCCGACGUGAUUGAAGUGAAGCAAGAUGCUGAAGAGAGCUUUAUCCAGGACCUGGAUAAGAAGCUUGGCGAGACUGUCUUCUCCGCGGGAUGCAGCAACUGGUACAUCAACAAGGCUGGUCGCAACUCGGCUGCAUGGCCUGGUCUUGCCGUGACCUUCUGGCAAGCCACCUUCUUCCCCAAGUGGAAUCAUUUUCUCAUGACAGGAGGAUCUCCAUUUUGGAUCAUUCGAAGGACAUGGAGGAACUUGAAGAGUAUCUCAUCACGGACAUGGCUGGCCCUCAUCGCCAGCAUCGGGUUGGCAGUGUUUUGGAGUGGUUUAACAACCCCAGAUCCUCUUGAGGAUCUUGUCCGCCUGUUGAAUAGAGGAUAG